UCAACCAUAUGAGACAAAAUUAUCGAUAUUCUUACUGACUUGAUGAGAAAUAAUUACAUUGUUAAUAAUUCUGAAGAAAUUAAGCCUUUAUUGAAUAAUAUCAUGGACACUAAUUCCCAACAAAAUCUACAUAAUUAUUCACAAGAUAAUAUAUUUAUAGAUGACCCAGAGUUCAAUGAAAUUAUAAGGCAAGCUGAAGAAGCCAUUGAAAAUGAAGUUUUUCCAGAAAGAAUUAUACAGGGAAGUAGUGGGAGCUACUUUGUGAAAAAUAUUGAUGGGAAAAUAAUAGGAGUGUUUAAGCCUAAAUCUGAGGAACCUUAUGGGCACCUUAAUCCCAAGUGGACCAAAUGGAUGCACAAGCUAUGUUGCCCAUGCUGUUUUGGGCGGACCUGUCUAGCUCUAAAUGAGGGCUACCUCUCUGAAGCCGCAUCCAGUCUUAUCGAUGGGAAAUUAAACCUAUGUGUUGUACCCAAAACUAGGGUGGUCAAAUUGGCUAGUAAAACAUUCAACUAUUCUGCCCUGGAUCGGGCCAAAGCUCAAACCAAGAAAAAUGUCAUGGAAAAAUUUCCAGAUUUCGGCAAAAAAUUUCACCGAAUUGGAUUGCCACUCAAAGUGGGCUCGUUUCAAAUUUUCGUAUCCGGUUAUCGUAACGCUGAUUAUUGGUUGAGAAGGUUCGAAUCUGAGCCCGGUUUGCUAGCACCUGUUUCCUCAGAUUUUCAAUCCGAAUUUGAAAGACUCGUCAUUCUUGAUUACAUCAUAAGGAACACAGAUCGCGGUAACGACAACUGGCUCAUCAAAUUAAGCGAAAUCCAAUCAGCGGACGCGAAAUCAAUCAUUCCCAUCGACUCACCGAAGAAUGACGGCCCUGCAAUCGACGGCGAAAAAAUGUCAAUUAAUAGACAGAAGGCAAAACAGAAGAGAAUAGCGAUAGCUGCCAUUGAUAAUGGCUUGGCCUUCCCUUUCAAACACCCCGACUCUUGGAGAGCUUACCCUUAUCACUGGGCCUGGUUACCUCAAGCCAAAAUUCCCUUCUCAGAUUCGAUCUCUGAUAGAUUGGUUCCUAUGCUUUCAGAUCUUAAAUUCGUUCAGGAUUUGUGCCAGGAACUUUUUCAUCUGUUUAAAACCGAUAAAGGAUUCGACGAAAAGCUGUACGAAAAACAAAUGUCCGUUAUGAGAGGACAGAUUUUAAACCUGACGGAUGCCCUAAAGAAUCGAAAGACUCCCAUACAACUGGUUCAAAUGCCUACACAAAUCGUAGAAAGGGCUACUUCUAAGGUAUCCAGCGAAAAGAUGGCCGCUCGACAUCAUCUCUUAACCAAUCAUAAUUCCGCUCAAAAUACCAUUAAAGACUCUUUAUCCAGAAAAAACUUUUACGAAAAAUUGUACGAUAGCACCGUCAAUUGCAAUUCUACGAACGCCGAAUUGAAUAAUAAUAACUUUUACACCCAAAGUUUCCACGAAAAAAGGCCGUUUUUCUCUUGGUGUUAAAUACUAAUUAAAGCGCGUGGAUAAGGGGAAGGUCAUAGGAACCAUGCUUUUCCCCCUUGAAAUGGCAAAUGUCAGAAAUGAACACUCUUCAUUUUUUCUAAUAUCUUAUUUUUAUUCAAUUCUUAAUUUUUAUUACUUUAAUCCAUGGUGUGUUUUACACCAAAUAUUUAAUUCUAAACUCUAGAAAAUAAUAUUGUCUCCAUUUAUUUUAUUCAUUUAAUUUUUUCUUUCAAUGUUAUUUAUUAAGUACUAAGUCUUUUCCUUGAAAAAUAUUAAUAUUGUGACUGCAAAUUGUUUUGCUUAUAUAUAUUAUUUAAUAAAAUAUUAUAAAAACCAGUCAAAUCACAUAUUUAUGAUAAAAUCAAUUUUUUUUAUAUUAUAUAUUUUAUAUAUACAUUUUAAUAAGAAAAUAACACCAACGAAUGAAUGUAACAUUUUACUUUCAAAAAUAUUUACUCUACUAAUUAGUAUUAUACAAAACUGAAAUUUGCAUCUUGGAUUAUUUUAAUUAAAAUAUUAUCUGAAUUUUUUUUUACAAAGUUAUAAUGUUCUUAUAUUAUAUAUCGAUUAUACCAAAUAUUUUUCCCCAAUUAAUUUUUAAAGUUAAUUAUUCUAAUAUUUUAUAAAAAAAUUGAUUUAGCCAAACAAAAAAAAAUAAUAAUUGCAUGUAAUAUUUGCC